CCUUGUUUUCAGUCAUCACAACUGAACUCGGCGAGGCAAAGCUUUCAUAUCCAAUUGGAGAGACUUUCUCCGAUAAUCACCAAUACCAUAUCAAACUGCAGGGCUGCAAGAUUACCUCAAAAGUGAAGAAGAAAUGUGGAAGAUUAAGUAUGGAACAGGGGCAGAAGACCCACACCUAUUCAGCACAAACAACUUCUUGGGAAGACAGAUAUUCGAGUUCGACCCGAACGCCGGAACUCCUGAAGCGGUAGCCGAAGUGGAAGAGGCUCGCCAGAAUUUCUACAGAAACCGCUACAAGGUUAAACCUUGUAGUGACCAUAUAUGGCGUCUCCAGAUGUUAAGAGAGAGAAACUUCAAACAAACAAUUCCCCAAGUUAAGGUUGAGGACGACAAGGAAAUCACAUACGAAAUAAUUGACGCAGCAAUGAGAAGGUCCAUAAAUUUUUGGGCAGCCCUGCAGUCGCCCCACGGCCACUGGCCUGCUGAAAAUGCUGGAAUCAUGUUCUAUAUCCCUCCGCUGGUAUUCUGCAUGUACAUUACGGGGCAUUUGGACACAGUAUUCAAUGAACAUCACAAGAAAGAAAUGUUGUGGUACAUGUAUUGCCAUCAGAACAAAGAUGGCGGGUGGGGAUUGCACAUUGAGGGGCCGAGCAUGAUGAUGUGCACGAUUCUCAACUACCUCGCCAUGCGCAUUCUCGGAGAAGGCCCUUAUGGCGGCCUCGACAACGCCUCUGCUCGAGCUCGAAAGUGGAUUCUUGACAAUGGCGGGCCGACUGGCUCUGGCUCUUGGGGAAAAACCUGGAUGGCACUACUUGGUGUGUAUGAGUGGGAUGGAUGCAACCCGAUGCCCCCAGAGUUUUGGUUCUACCCUUCCAUAAUUCCUCUUCAUCCAUCAAAAAUGUUUUGCUAUUCCCGAUUGACUUUCAUGCCCAUGUCAUACUUGUAUGGGAAGAAGUUUGUGGGCCCAAUCACACCUCUCAUCCAUCAAUUGAGAGAAGAAAUCUACAGUGAGCCUUACGAACAAAUCAAGUGGAGCAAAAUGCGUCACGUUUGUGCCACGGUGGAUAACUACUAUCCCCAUGGUAGAAUACAGCGUCUUUUGUGGGACAGUGUUCACUACAUUGGCGAGUCAGUUAUCAAUACUUGGCCUUUUAGCAAGAUAAGGGAAAAAGCGAUUCAAAAGACAAUACAACAUAUUCAUUAUGAGGAUGAAAAUAGUCGAUAUAUUACCAUAGGAUGCGUUGAGAAGCCAUUAAUGAUGCUUGCCUGCUGGGCAGAAGAUCCCAAUGGAGAAUAUUUCAAGAAGCAUAUUCCAAGAGUUUCAGACUACUUAUGGGUAGCAGAAGAUGGAAUUACUAUGCAAAGUUUCGGUAGUCAAGCAUGGGAUUGUAUUCUCACUAUUCAAGCUCUCCUUGCUGGAAAUAUCAAUGAGGAAAUUGCGCCCGUACUAAAAAAAGCACAUGAAUUCUUAAAGUUGUCUCAAGUUAGGGUUGAUCUUCCAGACCACUCGAAUCAUUUCCGUCAUAUUUCUAAAGGAGCAUGGACUUUCUCCGAUCGAGACCAUGGAUGGCAAGUUUCCGAUGUCACUGCUGAAGGUCUCAAGUGUUGCCUAAUGUUUUCAAUGAUGUCGCCAGACAUUGUUGGUGAGCCAAUGGAUGCAGAGAACAUGUACGACUCUAUUAACAUCAUACUUUCAUUGCAGAGCAAAAAUGGGGGAGUAUCAGCUUGGGAGCCUACGGGAGCUCCAAAAUGGUUGGAGUGGCUUAAUCCUGUGGAAUUUCUAGAAGACUGUGUCAUUGAAUAUGAGUAUCCUGAGUGUACUUCCUCAUCAAUACAAGCAUUGAACCUGUUCAGAAAGCUAUAUCCAGGCCAUAGGAAAAAAGAGAUUGACAAUUUCAACACCAAAGCUGCUCAAUAUCUUGAAGACGUACAAAUGCCUGAUGGAUCUUGGUAUGGACACUGGGGAAUUUGCUUCAUUUACAGUACAUGGUUUGCCAUUAGAGGCUUGAAUGCAGCUGGCAAGUACUCCCACAACUGCGACGCUGUUUGUCGAGCCGUCGACUUUUUACUUACAACACAAAGAGACGACGGUGGUUGGGCAGAAAGCUACACUUCAUGCACAAACAAGGUGUAUACACCUUCCGAAGGAGACCACUCGAACUUGGUGCAGACAGCUUUAGGAUUAAUGGGUUUAAUUCACGGCGGACAGGGUGAGAGAGACUCGACUCCUAUUCAUCGUGCUGCAAAACUGCUGAUCAAUUCUCAACUGGAAAAUGGAGAUUUUCCUCAACAGGAGCUUAUGGGAGUUUUCAUGAGAAAUUGCAUGCUACACUUUGCAGCGUAUAGGAAUAUUUUCCCCAUUUGGGCCCUUGCUGAAUACCGUAAUCUGGUUAUAUUACCUUCUCAUUAGGAAGAGGAAAUAAUUAAUUGGACAUGUUUGAAAGAUUCUGCUUUAGUUACACCUUCAGUAUU